AGCUCGAUCCAUAAACCCCUUUGAGAGAGAGACUGAGAAACUAAAACCCGUAAUUGGAUUUGUGGGCAGUGAACUUUGAGAUUGUAUCAAUAUGGAUAAAAGCAUGAUAAGUGAUCUGGAUUCGCUUCCAGAGGCGGAUAAGCAAAGAAUGGCCGUCAUGAUCGACCAGCUCCAAGUCCGCGACAGUUUGAGGAUGUACAACUCGCUUGUCGAGAGAUGCUUCAAUGAUUGCGUUGACACUUUCAAGCACAAGUCUCUGCAGAAGCAAGAGGAAACUUGUGUUCGGAGAUGUGCCGAGAAGUUUCUCAAGCACUCAAUGCGCGUUGGCAUGAGGUUUGCAGAACUCAACCAGGGCGCUGCAACCCAGGAUUAGCAUCAUCAAAUUGCCCAAGGGAUGAGAGCUUAGAAGCAGUUAACAUGUUUGCUUUUCUGAUUUGUUUUAAAAGAAGACAUGGUGUUGUAGUUGUACCCAUUUUAAUGCAUUUCCUUUCUGUGGGAACUACAGCAAUUUGUAUUGUGUAGAUACAUGCAAGUCAAACUUGCUGUCUGAUUAGAGAAUCAAUUCUUACUAAAUCAAUCAGCAGUCCACUUUUGAGGAUGAUGAAUAAAUGAUUUUGUAGAAUUUGCUA